AUGCUCAACGCCGUCACAUCCUUCAAUCAUAGAAGAAGAAGUACUUCUUCAUGGAUUGUUUCAUCGUCGAUUUUGUUAUUUUUGAUUUUCAAUCUCUUCUUCGUAACAAAUCUCGUAACAACAUUAUUAACGAAUGCACAUCAUCAUGAGAGGAGUCCACUUGUAUUAUUUGUUUCAGCUGAGGAGACCCAAACCACUUCUUUUCCAAAUUUGUUAACUCCUUCCAUUGCACUCACAGAAAAUUCCAUCAUUGAUAAAUUGUUGAAAGAAAUGAGAAAGUUAUUGAGAGAAUUUAAACAGGAUGUUGCUUCAAUCAUGAAGGAUGAGAUUGUUCAAGCUAUUUUGCAAGUCAUGCACGACAGAAGAGAAAUUGAUCAAUUAACAGGUCUCAUUGUGAGUUCACUGACUCUUGAAGCAUGUUCAAAUAAUUUGACUAAACUGAUUAACACUCUUCCAUUCGGUGAAAUAUUGUACAAUGGAUUAUAUGAAUCUAAAUAUCCACCAAAAAUUGUUAAAAAAGUGGUGACUGAUUUAACUGAUCAAGAGGUUGUGAAUCAAGUGAAAAAUGCAUUCCAAACGAAUUUUGAUAUUCAGGGAAUUGUCUCUGAUUUUAUCAAUGCAACAUUGACACAAUUAUCUCAAGAAUCUGAGAGAGAUCAAAUAACUCAACUUGCAAAAGCAUACUUGUUAGAAACAUUUUUGAACGGAUGGGUGAUGGCUCUUGUGAUUUCAUUGGCCUUUUCCAUCAUGAUUAUUCCUUCACUUCUCAUGUUCAUUAUUUUACAAAAUAUUAUUCCAUUCAGGAAAAUUUUGUGUUGUAAAAAGAAGAGCAAGUCUUCCAUAUCCUCCAUCCAAAGUGAAGAUGAUUCAUCCAUUGUUGAGAAUUAUCCAGCAAGAAGUACCAGUCGAAAGCGUGCAAUGACUGUUGUGGGAACAGACAAUUCUUCAAGUCCAAUCCAACAUGAAGAGAAACAGCAUUUGUUAACUGUGAAUACAGUUCAAUAA